AUGUUCCUCGUCCCCGCUCUGAUCCUCCUCCUCUCUGUGAGCACAACCGCCCUCCCACUCGCCCAGGGGGGCCCGUCAAAACCAAUCCUCGAGGGCAUACCCGCCCUGGAGGGUGUCCCCGUCAAUAUCCACCCCGGCGGCCCGGGAAUCCCCGUGCUUCCUCAGCAUAACUGCUCCGAUCUUCAGCCUCUCUGCCACGAGCUCUGCCACGUGAAGCAGCAGACACCAGAGGGCAUCGCGGAGUAUGCGCGGUGCAUGGAGCAGUGUGUUGCACAGUCCCCGUGUCAGGGUGGGGGUCCCUCGAACCAGAGUGGGCCGACGACUGGGGUGGGGUCGAGGACCUAA